CCAGUCCCACCUUUAUUGCUUUUGGUAACAAUAAAAUCAAAAUAAACAGGCACGCAAAACAAACGCCAAACAAAAAAUUGGCAGCGUUACAAUCUACUCCCUCGGCAUUCCCAGCGCCUGGCAGCAUCCAUCGAUGCACUCGGUAUCUCGGCUGAAGCUGCCUGGCGCUAGAAGCAGGAAGGCGCUGAGCUUAAACUGAAGCAAGUUCGGUGGACGCCGGCGGCGCCCUGAUCUAAAGAAACGACUCAGGGUCUGCGGCGCUUGCACGUCAACGGAAGGUGUGAGCCCAAAGGUCUGGACCCAGAAAUGGGACGUCGGUCAUCAGAUACUGAAGAAGAAAGCAGAAGCAAGAGAAAAAAGAAACACCGUAGGCGGUCCUCCUCGAGCAGUUCUUCAGAUAGUAGAACAUACAGCCGAAAGAAAGGAGGAAGGAAAUCAAGAUCAAAGUCAAGAUCUUGGUCCAGAGAUCUUCAGCCUCGUUCACAUUCUUAUGAUAGAAGACGCAGGCAUCGAUCAAGCAGUAGUUCUUCUUAUGGCUCCAGAAGGAAACGAAGUCGAAGUCGUUCAAGGGGUCGAGGGAAAUCCUACAGAGUUCAGAGGUCUAGGUCAAAAAGCAGAACAAGAAGGUCCAGGUCAAGACCUCGUCUCCGUUCUCAUAGUCGUAGCAGUGAAAGGUCCAGUCAUAGAAGAACGCGUAGUCGGUCUCGGGAUAGAGAACGACGUAAGGGCAGAGAUAAAGAGAAAAGAGAAAAGGAGAAGGAUAAAGGGAAGGACAAGGAAUUACAUAACAUCAAACGUGGGGAAUCUGGAAACAUCAAAGCUGGAUUAGAACAUCUGCCACCGGCUGAACAGGCCAAAGCCAGACUACAGCUGGUUCUUGAAGCUGCUGCAAAAGCUGAUGAAGCAUUGAAAGCCAAAGAAAGAAAUGAGGAAGAAGCAAAGAGAAGAAAGGAGGAAGGUAAAGACCAAGCCACCCUGGUAGAACAAGUAAAAAGAGUAAAAGAAAUUGAAGCUAUUGAAAGUGAUUCUUUUGUUCAGCAGACAUUCAGAUCAAGUAAAGAAGUCAAAAAGUCAGUGGAACCUAGUGAAAUGAAACAGGCAACUUCAACAUCAGGACCAGCAUCAGCAGUUGCCGAUCCACCCAGUACUGAAAAAGAAAUAGAUCCUAGCAGCAUCCCUACUGCUAUCAAGUACCAAGAUGACAAUUCCCUGGCCCAUCCAAAUUUAUUUAUCGAGAAAGCUGAUGCUGAGGAAAAAUGGUUCAAGAGAUUAAUUGCUCUCCGACAAGAAAGACUAAUGGGCAGUCCUGUGGCCUAAGUAAUAUACAUAUAGUUGGAUUGGAUUGUCAGCAGUAACAUUGGAAAUUUAGGUUUUUAAAUCCCAAUAUUAACUUUUUACUCUUAAAAAGAAUUUUGCUGAUUAUAUAUAAAGGUAGUCUCAUUUCAUUUGUCUCUCAUGUAGGCUUGAAUAUUUGUUAAUUUGAAUUAAAUCAAACAUUGUGAAAAUUAAAACAUAAAAUUUAAGAUUGCAUGAAAAUGUUAUACUGUUAAUAAAGCUAAACAUAAAUAAGUCUGUUAAAAUGAAUGGUAGACACUAGUGUUUCUUAGUGCAAUUCAAAAAAUGUCAAGAUGUCAUUUAAAGACACAAUUUUGAUUAAUUAUGCAUACAUGAGAAUUGAAUUACAUGCUAUAAAUAUGAGACUUCAUCUUCCAUAUGGUAUUCAACCAUUUUUAAAUAUUUUAUUUCACCAUAUUGCAAAUUUUUAGGCACAAUAAAAAGCACCGUAAACAAUGUAAGCAGAAUGUGCAUGUUAAAGAACAUAUUUAUGGAACAAAAAUUUUGAAACUUAAAUAAAUUGACGAUUUUGCUUAGAGAUCAGCUUCUACUAGACGCUCCUUUACAACGUGUUAGCAGAUCUCAGCUCAUUGUUUUAGAAAUCACAUGUUCAUGCUAGACCUAACCAGUUGGCCAAAUACCUAUGAUAGAGAAAUCAUUUCUGAGAAAACCGAUAAGAGCUCUCACUUUAGUCUUACUUAACCCACUGCUAUUCCCUGUGGAGAAAGCCAGCUAAUUGUUUUGAUAAGGCUAUCUGCCAUUGUAGAAUACCUUUCUCUAGUAGCUGAAGGACAAUCAACUAUAUGUUCCAUACUAAACAUGCCAGAGAUAGGACUUUUAGGCCUUGCUUUACAAAUGGGGUUUUUAACAGCUGACAUGAAUAUUUCCCGUUUCUAUUUUCUUUUUUUUUUCUUUUUUUUUUUUUUGAGACGGAUCUCGCUCUGUCCCCCAGGCUGGAGUGCAGUGGCGCGAUCUCAGCUCACUGCAAGCUCCGCCUCCCAGGUUCACGCCAUUCUCCUGCCUCAGCCUCCCGAGUAGCUGGGACUACAGGCGCCCGCCAACAUGCCUGGCUAAUUUUUUGUAUUUUUAGUAGAGACAGGGUUUCACCAUGUUAGCCAGGAUGGUCUAUUUUCUUCUGUUGUCCAGUCACUAAUUUAGUCUCUGUGAAGACUGUAGCUCAGAACAAAAGAUAAGCAAAAAAAGUCUUCAGGGUAGGACUGCCAACAUAUAGGACAUUUUAAUGCCAUCUUCUUUAUAUUUCUGGGACUAUUAAAAUUCAAAUCUCUGUUGAAAAUGAAAAAUAUGAAACACUCAGUUGCAAACAGUAUAGAAAAUAAGUGAUGAUGAAAUAUUUGUUUUCAUACAAACAUGCUUUCCCAUUCUAAAUAGAUGCUAGUUUUCUUUUUUCCUUAGCUAUAAAUAAAAGUGCCCCGAAUGAACC